UGUUACUAUGGUUUUUUUAUGAUGAAUAAACUUCUCUCUGGGCCAAACAAACAAAUUACAGUGUCAGCCUUGUGUUCCUUAUUCUAGUAUUCAUAUUUAAUUAGCAUGUGUAUGGAUGAUAUUAAUGGGGAAUUAGAAGGGCGCGAGGGUGAAACAUACAAUCAUUUCUAAUCGUUUCACGACUAAUCAACAAAUAAACGAGCAUAGAAUAACGUAUGUAACAUAACUUAAAUGAGUUAUGAUAUAAUCAAGGUUUAGGGCCAAAUCGUAGAGCUUAGUGCUCUCUAACCUACGUGGGCGUUCACUCAAUCAAAGAUCGUCGAGUAUUCUACGAGGAAUAUCAUAAAUCUAAGCGGAAUUAUAAAAUCAUAAAUACGUUUUGUACGUUGAACAUUGUUCAUUGCCCACACAUAGCGACUAACCUAGUAAUGAUAGAAGAGAGUUGAACUCACAUAUCGUUCCCACUUGUCUAUUUCGUCCAAAGAUCAUCUCGGGUGGAACUUAACGUAGAUCUCAAUACGACUGGUAAAAAGGGGACGCUAAAAGUCCUUUUAUAUGUACGUGUGGAUGCCAAUAGGUCAGAUUUCAAGGUAAACAAACUAACCUAAACAUUAUCGUAACUAACAUUGACACUAAGGAGUGACCUAUUCGUAAUCUAAUUAGGAAGAGCUUAAUCAAAGUUCAUUACACAUCCACUCCUUUGUUAUUGUUUAACAUUGAAACAUACAGUGUUUAACAUUGAACUUACAGCGGUUCAUUCGCAAGGAAGCUUCAAAAUAAUAACUUGCCAAUAAAGUCUGACAUCUGUGAUCAUCAUCGUCUUUAUCAUCAUCAUUAUCUUUUAUCAUGAACGAUCUCCUCUAGAAUACUACUAGCUACCACUACCAAAAUCGCUGUUGCCACUUUCAUUGUUGUCAGUUUAGCAGUAGACGUUGUUAGAAGCUAGCUGAAAGAACUAAAAAACCAGUUAGAAGUUUCGCUAUGAAGGCUGGGAAAUUAAAUCUACUAUGGUUAAUGAUCCAUGGGCUACUUAAAGUUAUUAGUUUUCCAGUACUUUCUAGCAAGACUGACAAAUAUUUAAUAAGCACAGUAUUUGUUUGCUCAGGAAAUGUCAAAGGAUAUCUUCUACUUCCACGUUUGUAGUUAUUUUUCCUUUUUGUUAUAUGGAUGGCUGUUAUGGGAUUUCCGCGCAACUUCGUGUGUGAUUUACAAUGUUAGUGAAAAUAAGUGGACUUUUUUUUGUUAAUGUGGUUUUCUUGUCGAACUUUCAUUUUCCCGUAUUAAAAAUGUUUAGACUUUAGAGUAUUUCUAAUGAAAUUCCCGGGGAUUUAAAAGGAAAAUCUACAAAUGUCGGCGUCUCACAAAGCCUCGACUUUUCCAUGUCACUGUCAAUUUUUUAUUCCGCUGACUGAGGUGUCUGGUACGUUCUUGUCAGAAAUAAAUCACAAGUAAUUACGAUUUGUUUGUCCAUGCGGAAGUGAUAUUUUCUAGCAAUUCGUGGCAUCAUUAUAAUCGAGAAACACAAUGGAAUAAAGCUGGUCUUCGUCUAUACUUAGACGAGAAAUUUGAAUGACUUUUAUUCAAAAGGCAAGACAUCUGCUUAUGCUGCUCCAGAAUUAAGGAGACUAAAGAAGGUUUAAUCAGGAACAAGUGCGGCAUCGAAUUGGAAUAAAAUGGUUUCGAGAUAGAAAGGAGAACACAAGAGAAAAGACUUUGUGUCCCACAUGGAUCAGAAUUCAACUAUCUAUCAUAUCAGCCUUCAUGAUGCGUAUUUUGACAACCCCAGAGAUCGUUUCAUUCAGUUUUAUCUCAUGCUGUUUAUCCUCUACUUGAUUAUUGCGAUAACUGCGACAUCCUCGAACUUCAUCGUCCUCGCCGCCAUUAUACGAACGCCGUCUCUACAUAACCCUGGCUUCACUCUCCUCGCUGGUCUUGCUUUUAGCGAUCUUCUCUAGAACAAUAGAGAAAAAACUUUGUGUCCCAGAUGGAUCAGAAUUCAACUAUCUAUCAUAUCUGCCUUCAUGAUGCGUAUUUUGACAACCCCAGCGAUCGUUUCAUUCAGUUUUAUCUCACGCUGUUUAUCCUCUACUUGAUUAUUGCGAUAACUGCGACAUCCUCGAACUUCAUCGUCCUCGCCGCCAUUAUACGAACGCCGUCUCUACAUAACCCUGGCUUCACUCUCCUCGCUGGUCUUGCUUUUAGCGAUCUUCUCUUUGGACUGACAGUUGCCCCUAUGCUUUCAACUGUGAACUAUUUCUCGUAUAUUGGGGAUUUCCGCUGUGAGUUUUUGCAGCUUGUGACGCUAUUCACAUAUUCACUCGGUGCUAUCUCCUUCUCGACCGUCGUCCUGAUCAGUUUGGAUCGCGUUAUCGCGAUAAACUAUCACCUCCGCUACCCAGAUAUCGUGACUCUACCAAGAGUUUUCAAGAUUCUGCUCUUUGUUUGGGUUUUCUUUCCUCUCAUGGCUGUCACCUGGAGGUUGAACCCUGGGGGGAUUCGUAAAGGGGCGGAGAUGUUUUUCUGUAUUUUAUGCUCGUGUGGUAUUGUAUUCGUCGUGGCGGCAAACGUUCGUUUACUACUCGUUGUUAGACGCCAUCAUCGUGCCAUUCAAGUACAAAAUGCUUCGCGAUUGACUCGAACUGAAAGUCUGGAGAAUCGAACUGCGGACACAUUACGCUAUAUGAAAUCUUUGGUGACUAUCGCCUACAUCGCGCUGACUUUUCUUCUCUGUUUCGCGCCUUUUAAUACGCUUUUUGUUUUGAAUGCUGGUGACAGUUCUACGAACCCCACGCGAAGCAUGGCUUAUAAUGUAGCUACGUUAUUUGUGGGAGUUAAUUCUACUUUGAAUCCUGUGUUGUACUGCUUGAGAAUCACUGAACUGCGCCAAGCACUGAUUCGCACUGUAGCAGAUGUACGCCGGGCACUGGUCUAAGCCCACAGCCUUGGGGUUCAGCACUGUUGUAUGUCUGGUUCGCACUUCAAAUUAGGAACAAGGUCAACAAUGUUGGCGCUGUUUCCACUGUACUUAUAAUAAGCAUCAUAGUAUUGGCUAAAGAUAACAAUGUUGACUACACAUGAUAACACACUAUUGUUGGCUACCAAUAGUAGUGUUUGCUACACACUGCAUUGGCGAAAGGGAAUGAAUAUUCUCUUGUCUUUUGUUCUUUUAUGUUUUUUGUUUUCAAAUGUAUAAUAUGCAGGUGUUGCCAAUAUACAAAGAAGCUUUAUUGAUAUAGUACUGUAUUACUAUAAUGUGGCAUGUGUGUAAACACCUCUGUGACACGGAAGGGUUUCCACCUGGUGCGUUCACACACGAGAUGGGUACCCUUUGUCCAGUCAAUUACAGCUAGAAAAAGCCUCAAAUGGUGUCAGCGGUAUCAUCUCGCGGUGAACCUUUGUUGUGAUAUAAGCUCUGUGUCUGGACAAACACGAAACCAUAAAUAACUAAAUUAACGUUUACAAUUCGUAAAUACGAAUACAAUUCUAGUUGAGUUCCCUUGUGUUUUCAUAGUUAAGUUAUUUUUCCACGUAUUUCUGCAACUUAUUUCAAGGUUUCAAAGUCCGGCGACCAACCAUGAUUGUUAAAUUCAUUUAAUCAAUGGAAAUGUAUAAUAAGAAACGUAGAAAUGUCGUUUUAUUUUUAUUUUCAACCGUAACUUCGACUUGACAAUGCUACGCUCGCUGCCGUGGCCACCUUGGGAUAAUAACCAAUUCGGCAAUAAUUAAAGAAGUCGAUUGACAUAAAUAUUAUCAGCCAAUUGUUUUUUUACAAAACAUACUUCAAUGCUUUUUAAAACAAAACGGGAACAUCUCUCCUAGGAGUAGUACUUUUCAAUUUUCAAAAUUCUGCGAACUCGUAAUUUCCAACUGCUAUACCCACUUUCCGUCGGUUUCCUUCCGUCAUUCAUUCUAACAGAAUUACAUUUGGUGCUUUUUUAUUGGUCAGCGACUUGCGGAGAAAAGGCGUUAUUUGAAAUCGGUAUUUCAAGUCAGUGUUUUGAAUAACGGAAUCCAAAAGGUGAUUUAGUUGUUUGAUACAGUCAGCGAGAAUAAAUGUUGAAAACCGCCGCGUUCAUCAGGAAGCCGUCGUUAUAAUAGGACGUUUUCUAUCUCCUUUUAUCACUUGGCCCACCUUUUGUAGUCUGGGAUACCUUUGUGUCUGCUUCUAUGCUUUUGAGCAGCAAAUUUCCUUCAGUUCUUUUUUCACAGCGACUUUAAAUUUCUCGCUACGCAAUGCGUAGAUGUAAGCGUUUAUUGCAGAGCUAAAAUUCACUAAUGCCACAGUCCAUAGCUUAACCUUCUCGUUCGCAGGAUCUGUCAGAUUUGUAGCGCUAAACGGAACAUAACAUACUACAAAGGUCACCGUUAUAAUAGCUGUGGUAGUCGAGGCCUUGUGUUCACGCAUGAGCCUGGAACCGAUAAUACUUUUGUUGUAAGCAACCGAGGUAAACUGUGCUUGGAUCGCGUUUUUGUGUCUCACGGCGACACGGUACACCCUUACAUAGAUCAUUAACACUGCCAGAAUAGUUAGAUACUGAAUUAUCGCCUCAGUGGAUUCGUAUUUGUCUGUGUUAAACACGAGUCCUUGAAUGACUGAUAUGACACAAAGCAAA